AUGUCGCUGCUAGAAACCAUCCAUCUCUCUCAUGUCCCUGAGAAUAUACUAGUUCAUAUCGCCCUUUAUAGAGACCUGAAGAAUGCCAGCUUCCUGCGGGAGCAGCUUCUAACAGGAAACGCAGAAUUUCAAUAUGCUUUCAUUGAUGCCAGCACGAUUAUAUCGAGACAACACAUCUUUGCGGCGGUAUUUAGAGCUAUAAACGAUUAUUUGAAUAAUCGAUUGAGAUCACACAAUGUUCAUUCAGAGAUAGUCGUUUCUCUCGGCCCUAGUAAUAAUAUUGCAGAGGCAUUUCGAAGAUUCGGCAUCACCGACGCUACCAAAGACCUACUCGUCGUCAAGCUAUCCGUGACGCCGGAAAUUACACAUGAAUCCGUCGCAAAACAUUUGGAAAGCUCCGUGGAAGCUACACCGGCUCCCUUUGACAAUGACACCUUAUCCUCGAUGUCAGAUCUCGCGAGGGUUCGGAAAUUAUACAAACUGAAUCAGCCGACCUCGAAAUCUGCGGAUGGCCAGGUCAAUGCUGUGAGGGCUUUAGAGCCUCUUAUUGUUGGAGCAAUAGCCAUUCGUGGGGCGACAUGA